AUGGACCCCUCAGUGACCAAAGCCACCCUGAAGGUGCUGGGGCUGUGCGUGGUCCUGCUCUUCCUGGUCGCCGCGGUGACGGUCUCCGUGGCGGUGAUGAUGUGGCACUCGGAGGCAGUACGGAUGCUGCAGGGCUGCCGAGAGCAGGCAGCCAAUGAGACCUCAGCCCUGGGGGGCCGCGUGGCCGAGCUGGAGCGGGACGUGGCCGAGCUCACGGGGCGGCUGCAGGAGGACGCCCAGAAGAAGAAGCAGCUUCAGAGGCAGCUGGGCCAGGCCAAGGAGGAGGGCAGGAAGCUCAAAGCCACCUUGCUGUCCUGCCAGGAGCAUGAGAGCAUGCUCUCCGCCAACGUGACAGCCCUGCGGAACGCGCUCGCAGCCAUUCAGCUGGAGGGCACCGAGAUGGACACCAGAAACAUUGCCUUGCAAGCGGAGCUGACCCAGUGGCAGGGGAAAGCCGCGGAGCAGGAGCUGCGGCUGGAGGAGGCCCUGCAGCAGCACCAGGCGUCGGAGGCGCAGAGGGGGCAGUGCGAGGCCCGGCAGAGCGAGCUGCAACGCAGCAUGCGGGACUACAGGGCCGAAAUCGACUCCCUCCAGCGGCGGCUGAGCUCCCGAGCCACCAGGCGCAGGUGCCCCCCAUUCUGGUAUUUUGUGUGGGUGCUGGCAAGCACUUCUUGCUUUAUUUUCUCGCUCGAAGGGUUGAAAUCUUACAUCUGA